GGCUCAUGAGGGGGAUUUAGAACCCGGCUACUUUCACCGCGCUUUCUCGUUCAGAUUUGCUCAAGCAAGGUGCUAGGGACGUGUUUUUAAAAUUAUUUUAAGUAUACAUUUAGGGAAGCCAUGGCUACAGACGAGCCUAAAAGCAAGAAAAUCAAACUUGAGGAGAAGACGAUCAGCCAAAAUGCUCUUUUUGGCAUGGGAAAUCCACUACUGGACAUGUGUGCUGUUGUGGACAAGGAUUUUCUUGACAAGUAUGGGCUGAAACCAAAUGACCAGAUUUUAGCAGAGGAAAAACACAAGGAAAUGUUUGAAGAAAUAGUCAAGAAGUUUAAAGUGGAGUACCAUGCUGGCGGUGCCACCCAGAACUCUGUGAAAAUUGCCCAGUGGAUGAUCCAGGAGCCCCACAAAGUGGCCACGUUCUUCGGCUGCAUCGGCAAAGACGAGUUUGGAAAGAUCCUGAAGCAGAAGGCAGAAGAGUGCCAUGUUGAUGCCCAUUACUACGAGCAGAGCGAGGAACCGACAGGGACCUGUGCCGCCUGCAUCACUGGAGACAACAGAUCUCUUGUUGCUAAUCUGGCAGCUGCCAACUGCUAUAAGAAAGACAAACAUCUGGACCUGGAGGAGAACUGGAAGCUGGUAGAAAAAGCAAAAGUCUACUAUAUUGCUGGUUUCUUCUUGACCGUGUCCUUGGAGUCAAUCUUGAAGGUGGCGAAGCACGCCUCGGAGAACAACAAGCUCUUCAGCUUGAACCUGUCUGCUCCCUUCAUCAGCGAGUUCUUUAAGGAUUCCCUAAUGGAGGUCAUGCCCUAUGUGGACAUCCUGUUCGGCAACGAGACGGAGGCUGCCACGUUCGCGCGCGAGCAGGGCUUCGAGACAGAGGACAUUGAGGAGAUUGCCAGGAAGACCCAAAGCUUACCCAAGGAGAACAAGAAAAGGCAGAGAAUUGUGGUCUUUACUCAGGGCAAGGAGGGCACCGUAAUGGCCAAAGGUGAAAAGGUGCAAACGUUCCCCGUCAUAGAGAUUGACCAGAAAGACAUUGUGGACACCAAUGGAGCUGGAGAUGCGUUCGUGGGAGGUUUCCUGUCUGAGCUGGUGCAGGAUAAGUCUCUGGAGCAGUGUAUCCGUGCUGGACACUAUGCUGCUAACGUCAUCAUUAGACACUCGGGCUGUACGUUUCCAGAGAAGCCAGACUUCCACUGAGAGACAAGUGAACUUUGCCACCCAAGUGUUAUGGGACUGAUGCCUUCCUCUCAGUGUUUAAUUGACUAUCUUUUUCCCCCUCUUCCUUUGGUCCCGUGUUCUCUCUGUUUCCCUUCACGCAUUCAGACUUCUGUGCCUCUGCCUCACAGCAGCCAGUGCCAUAGAAUGAUGUAAUCAUCCAAACCUUUUACUUAAUAACAAUCUAAUGUUUACAACAGAAGCAGCAGACCGUUUCUAUAAAUAGCAACAUUUUUUACUUUUUUCUGUUCCCUGUGCUUCAAACCUACACAGAAGUCAUGUGCAAUGAUAAUGACCACUUUGUCUCUAUUUGUGCAGGAAAGAAUUGCAUAGUUUUUGUUUAAACACCUGCCAGAGAACCACAGCCUUAAUGUCUUGUUUUGAACAGUUGGGGUUAUUUCAGUUCAUUUUAUCAAGUGUUUUUAAAGGCCAGUCUCUUUUCUGCUCGCUUUUAAAUUUGUAAUAAUGAAAAAGGAAUAUGCCUGCAUGUGUGUGUAUGUAGUGAUCUAUACAGUCUCUCUGACUGACCAAAACAACUGGAAAAAUUAAAAUGCAUUGCCUUUAUCACAAGCUA